AUGGGUGAUGCAUCGAAGAGGCUUUUAUCACCCCUCAAGUCCGGCAUGAUCAAAUUCACCACUGAACUCUCCCACGCGUACGUAAAUAAAUACAGUGGUUCUAAGCCUGUAGAACAGUGGGAGGAAGAUGAAACUAUAAAAGUUGGUGACAAAACAGAAACCAAGAAAGUCCUCUCCACCGAGGGCCGCAACUGCGCCAAGGUCUGCCUGACGCUUAUGGAGGGGCUGAGAAAAGAUCUGUUUGAUUUGCAAAAUGAAUGUAAAUCGGGCGGUAAGAAUAAAUGGAAUGAAAAGAAAAUAUGUUUGACUGAAAUGGUGAAGACAGAGAAAGUUGAAAAUAAGCUCGGGCAAUGGUUCCAGAACCGUGGCUUCACUGUGCCGAAUGAUGACAAGACACAAAACGGGGAGUUGAACAACGAGCGAAAGGGUGAAAAUAUUUUUGGCAAAAUUACGGAGAAUAUUGCCGCCGCGCACAGCAUUCCAGUCCUCAAAACGUGGAAGGAUAUGUGCGUGGAAGAACAGAAAAAGAAAUUUUCUAUAAGUAACCAGAAAGGUACUGCUACCAUAAGUAUAAACACUGACAACAUUCAUCUCUUCGACCUUGCCGAUUUCCUUCGCGAUUUUUUCCGAAAGUACUACCAUGUAUGCCAACAUAUACAUAUCGAUUCUCCCAAGGCGCCGAGUAAUAUCUACCAAAUGCUCCAGUGGCUCUCCGGGUUAUACUUUAAUCCGAUGUACGACAAACUCGGUGAGUACUUCAAGGAGCUGUUUGACAAGCCUAAGGGAGAGGAAGCAAAGCCGUAUAAAGAUUUCAAAGAUACAGAUCUUAUCUUAGAUGCCACGUCAACAAUUAGGCCUAAGGAGCUAAAUCAUAGGCUCCAACAGACUUGUUUACACUCUCAACUUGUAUUAGUCGCCUUCCUAGGCAAUGGUUACGCCGACGGCCGCUACGCCUGCGAAUUCCGCACAAACUUUGACAAAUUAUUAUAUCCAUCGAAUCCAUCAGCGUGCUUCGAUAUGUUAGUUGAUGUGUUGAAUAGAGUGUUUCAUCAGUUGCGUUUCCUAUUCAUCCAGUGUUCCAACAGCCGUAGUAGGGGUGGUUGGGCGAACUGCCAAUAUGGCAGGUAUGUCGGCGGGUCGUCGUGGACCUGCAAUAAGUUCCAAUGUCCCGACCAAGACUGUGAACAAAAGCACAACCAAACAUGUAACCGAAGUGGUGACCAAAUGACCAACCAACAUUACGACUGCGGGUUGAAAUCGCCUCUCCAAUCCUUUUUGGAAGAUGGGCUUCCUGGUUUCAUCCCUCACUCGUUCCAAACCCCUGGUUGUAAGCUCACGUGUACAGUGUCCAACCACUUUGGUAGGCCAUGUCUCACACCGAUGGGUUUCUCGAACCUCGGAUUGGAGGCGUCGCAUACUAAAACAGGAGCCCACCUCAAAAACGCACUUUCCCAUCUCUGCGGUUCAGAUUCUCACCUCGACAUGCUGUGUUCCUAUCUCACCUGCCUCCUCCGCCGAGCCCCGCAGACGCUUGGUGAUAUGUUUGCUUUCUAUUACUGUUUCCUUAAGAACUGGAAUGACAAGGGAGUAAAGCAUAAAAAGGACGCAUUUGAGGAAGCUGUCCGAAAGGCCUAUUUCGGCCAGACAUAUUUAUUGAAUCCGACUAUUUUGUUGGACAAUGCUGUAUAUAAGCAACAUGCAACAUUCAACCAUGCCACAGCAGACAUGUCCAGUCUUACAGAUUGUGAUCCUAAAUCAGGAUCCGGCCUACCAUGCGGCAAAUAUUUGCAUCCCCUUGGAUUGAAUAUCCGUUCCAUAUUCUCCGAAAAGCGCGCUGCUAACUAUCUUUCGUGGGUUGUGUAUACUACUGAGACGCUCCUUGGAUUGCUGUAUGUUUUGUAUGAAUCGUGCAAAAAAUGCGAGAAGCCGGGCACCAGGUGCUGUAAUAAAAGCUGUGAGGAGAAAUGUGAAGUGAAGUCCACUUACGCAUCUGACGAGCCGUCCAAGCAACUCAAUGGUCAAAAGCAUACUACAAAUUGCCACACCAUUGUCAAAUGCCAGGACAUGCAUCCGACGCUGUAUCAGUAUGGUUUUACAUUCGGGAGCCCAUAUCGAUUGAGCGGUGCUACAAAUUAUUCGAAGCAGAAACGGACGUGCAAAGAUUUCUGCAAAGCAUUGCAGAGAGUACUCGGCACCGAGUCACUACUUAUUAAACUCAUUGGGGCCAUCGACCAAUUUAUGUGGAAGAUAAGAGAGACCUUCUCCAUCACCCUCCUCACCCUGUGGUCCCUCUCUUUGCUCUACCUGCUGCACAUCACCGUAGUCCGCCUCGACGUCCUGAGGAUACGCUCGCACCUGCGCUCGCCCUCAAGCCACCGCAUCGCCGCACAGUCCCUCCUCGCCGCCGCACGCGCCAAGGCACUCGCCAACGUCAAGUACUUCUCACCAUAA